GUGAGCGCUCAACGCCGCGCUGGAUGCGGGGCGCGAUGCUCCCUCCAGCCCCGCGUCGGCCUGAGCAGCCGUGCUGAAGGCGGCCGAACUGCAACAGCGGGAGGGCAAACGGGGCCGGACCAAGUGUUUCAUGUUGUCAGAGCAACAGCGUGGCGCGGGGAGGAUUUUGCCCGCUCCCUUUCGGGGGUGUGGGUUUCCCCCGCGGUGCUGCCCGCGGAGGUUCGGUUUCGCUCCGCACUACGUUAGCAGGGAAGUAGCUUUCACCUGAAUGUGGCCCCGUGAGCAGCUUUUUCUGGACGGCUUUGAAUCUCCCCGGGGCAGGGGGAGACGGCGGGGAGGAGUGUAGGGUUACAGCCCGGAGAGCCCUCCCCGCUUCACACACGGCUCUGGACAGCCCCUCGCGCUGCUUUGAGCCACUUCUGACCGUCCAUGUUCAUCGGUCUUAUCCUUGCAGACUCCCUGCAGUUGCUCCCUCUGGGAAGAACCCUUUUUUGCAGACAUUUACCACCCGCUGCAUCUGCCCGGCCCCCCAGCAAUGCCAGGCUGUGGUGCCCCGCUGCCCUCCGCCACCAAUGGGGCCACGCUGGCCGGUCUGGUGGGAGUCCCCCCCUUCCAGUUCCAGCCCAGGCGGGCCAGCGUGGACUGGCGGCGGUUCAGCGCCAUCGAUGUGGAGCGCGUGGCCCGGGAGCUGGAUGUGGCCGCGCUGCAGGAGCACAUCGCCAGCGUCACCUUCUGCAACCUGGACUCGGAGCGGUGUCCGUCGUGCGGGCAGCCAGUCGACCCCGUCCUGCUGAAGGUGCUGAAGAUGGCCCAGCUGAGCACCGAGUACCUGCUGCACUGCCAGGAGAGCCUGAGCGCUGCGCUGGCCCUGCAGGCUGGGCGCCUCCAGGCUGCCCUCGAUGAGCUGGCCCACGCAAAGCAGGAGGCGGCGAGGCGGGCGGAGGAGCUCAGAGGGGUGAAGGAGGAGAGCAGGAGGCGCAAGAAGCUGAUCGCCACCCAGCAGCUCCUCUUGCAAGCUGGGGCUAACAGCUACCACAAGGUCAGGGACAUGGGAAGCACUUCUCUCUGCAGAUGCAAGUCCUCUCACUGGCUUGUUUUCCCUCCUCAGUGCCAGUUCUGCGAUAAAGCCUUUGUGAACUACUCCUUCCUCCAAGCCCAUGUUCAGCGCAGACACACUGAAGCCAGUGAGGCUGAGAGGCAGCGGAAGAAGCAGGUGGAGCAAAUGGAGGAUGAGAUUCAGGAGCUGAAAGUGAAACUGAGGGAGACGCAGCAGCGGCUGGAAGCAGAGCGAGACGCAGAGAAACUGCGCCGGGAGCACGAAACAGAGAAAGCUCGCCAGAGAGAAGAGGAGGGCAGGAGAGAUUUUGAAAGGUGGAAAGAGGAGGAGAGGACAAAGCUCCACCAAGAGCUGGAUGGCUUGAGGCAGCUGUUCCUCACCGAAUUCAAGGACAUUGCCAGCAGGAGCAGUGCCGUGGAAGGGAAACUGCAGGAGCUGCAAGCCAGGAACAUGGCAGUGUCCAACCUGGGGACCCUGCGGGACGAUGACCGUGAGGAGAAGCGGCAGUGGGCAGCGACCCGGGCAGAGCUACGGGACGUGCGGGAGAGGAUGGACGUGCAGAGGGAAGAGUGGAAGCAGAAGCUGAAGGACCUGCGGAGGGAGCACCUGGUGCAGGAGGCCCAGCUGAAGAACGAGAACAAGAAGCUCCGUGCUGCCCUGUCCCAGGACCAGCGGGCAGUUACGGACCACUUCCGUCAGGAAAUGGACACGCUCAGUGCCCGGCUUAGAGACCAGACUGAGGUCAUUAAGUCACAGGAAAAAACGAUCAAGCUGCUGUCUGCAAGCAAACCUGAAGUGACCGGGGAAGCACCCAAAGUGGCGUCUGCAGAAGAGUCAUCAGAAGAAGACACGGACGAUGUCCCGCGUGGGAAGCAGAGGCUCCUGGAAGCUCUGCGGAGAAACCCCCACCUCCUGAAGCAGUUUCGCCCCGUCCUGGAGGAGACGCUGGAGGAAAAGCUGGAGAGCAUGGGCGUGAAGAGGGUUGCCAAGGGGAUCCCGACUCAGACCUACAAAAACCUCCAAACUCUGGUCAAGAUUCAGCAGCAGCAGAAGGCUGAGAGAUUUCCAGAGCUCCUCCGCUUGAGGGACAAGUUCAUCCGAGCAGUCAUGUGGAAAGUCAAGCAAUAUGAGAAGCUCGACGGUACCUUCCCUCAACAGCUCUCUGUCAUCCCAGCUCGAAGCAAAAAGAGCCCCUGGCCACUUCAUCGGUCACUGCCAUCGUCACAGCCCACGGUGAAGCUAGCUGCAUCACAGCCUGCAGCCUCAGCAGCCCCCCAGCCGGCUCCUCGGAGCAGAGCCCGCACCACCCACAGCCCUCCGGGGACACCCCUAGGAACCACCCGGACCCUCAAGGCCAGCAACCCCACCAGCCCUGGCCUGGGACCCGUCCCACAGCUGAGCCCACGUUCCCGCUCGGAAGUGUCGUUGGGAUGGGAGCAAGCUAGCCUCUCCCCCACAAAGCGGAGACCUCCCACGAGCACGCAGCAAGAGCAGGCGCUCUCAAAAAUGAUGCCGGACGAUGACACUGAAUCCGAUGGGUCUGCCCUGGAUUCACCAGAGGAAACGGUUGGCCCAGGGACAACCGUGUCUGCGAUGGUGAAGGUCUUGGAGAGACGCCUGGACACGACAGCACAGAAACCAGCCGGGGGUGUGAAACUCUUCCCUGAGAAGAGCUCUGGGUCACCCAAAGCCAGCCAGCCCGCCAAGAAACUCCAGGUUGCAGGUGACAGCAGUGACCUGGACACCUCCUCCCUGGAGGACCUCGUGGCACCCCGGGAGCCGCCGGCGGGCCAUCGGUGGCCAUCAGCGAGGCUCGGUGGCGAUUCGGCAGGCUCGCCCGGCACCAGCGCCUGGAGCUCGGGCAGCACGGGGACCAGGGGCUGGUGACCCCCUCCUCCCGGGCAGGGCUCCCCGUUUCCCUGGGCCCAGGGGAGCCGCGCUGCAAGGUGACGUGACAGGAGAAAUGACAGUCCUCCUUGGGAACAAGCAGCCGCCAGCAGCCACUUGAUGGUGCCACAAGACCAGGAACAGG